GAAAUUCCCUACAAAAGCCUUCAACUCUCCUCUGUUUUCUCAUAUCCUCCAUUGUUAUACUUCAACAGUGCUUUCAUAUAAAACAAACUAAAACCCACUCUCUCUCUCUUCACAAAAUCAUGGCAAAACCAAAGAAUUCAAAUCCCCAAAACAAAACCACCCCUCUUCCCACUACUCGGCCGGCCGGCAAAAGACCAAGAGAUUGCAACAAACACCCUGUUUUCCGAGGCGUACGGAAGCGGAGCUGGGGGAAAUGGGUAUCGGAAAUCCGGCAACCCCGUAAGAAUUCCCGAAUUUGGCUCGGCACUUUUCCGACUCCGGAGAUGGCGGCACGUGCUCACGAUGCCGCCGCUUUAUGCAUCAAAGGCGACUCUGCCAUCCUCAAUUACCCUGAACUUGCAGACUUUUUGCCUAGGCCGGCGUCGCUCAUGCCGCAGGAUGUUCAGGCUGCCGCCGCCAAAGCCGCAGCGAUGGUCCAUUUGAAUUCCGCUGCAUUGCCGUCGGAGGAGGAGGAGCUGAGUGAGAUCGUCGAGUUGCCGAAUAUUGAAGACGAUUUUGGUACUGAGUCGUUGAACGAGUUCAAAUUGGUUACUGAGUCAUGGGAAUGGUGGGAGUCCGUGGCAAUGCCGUUGGCGGCGGAAUUCGGUUACGGUUAUUUUUCCGAGCAAACGACGGCGGAGGAAGGUUGUUACCCGAGCAGUUUUUACGGCGUACUAUGGGAUUAAUUUUCUGGGGUAAAAUUCGUGACAUUUCAAGCGGUAAAAAAAAGUUAUUAGUCAGUAAUUAUCGAAGAGUUAUUUAAAAUUUUACUUACAACUUUUGUAAAAAUAUUAUACUUUGUUUGUUUUUUUGCUCUUUCUUUCUUUUAUUUUGUUAGUGAAGAAUAACUUAAUUAAAAUAGUUUGUAAGAUGUAGAAAAUGUAUUGAAAUUAAACACAAUGAUAAUUUUGUUAUUUGAAUCUUCAAUUUC